CUGGAUUUCUGCUGCAAUGUUCAGAAAUUAAGUGUCAGAAUUUUGCACAAUUUGGUGGUGUAAUGGUGUGGGGGGUAUUUUAUUGGUACACUUUCAUCCUACGUCCAUCCUUUUAUGACCACAAUGUAUCCAACUUCUCAUGGCUGCUUUCAGCAGGAUGACAGCACCACAUUACAAAACUCAGAUAAUCUCAAACCAGUUUUUGAACGUGACUGCAUGUGUUUUAACCAAAGAUUAUUGAUGUGGAGCCAACAAAUCUGCAGGUACUGCAUGAUGCUUUCCUGUCAAUAUGGACCAGAAUCUGUAAGAAGUGUUGCCGGCACCUUGUUGAAUCUAUGUCUGAGGGCAAAAAUGGGUUACAUUUGGUAACAGUGAGGUGUACCUCUGGAGUGUCUGGAGUGUAUGUGCAUUGUGGGUGUCAGUAGUGGCAGUUGCACUGAAUCUAUAGUUAACUUUCAUAAUUAAGAUAAACUUUGAACGUGUUGGUUCAUCAGUUAAAAAAAGAUAACAGUGGAGUCAAGUUUCUUUCAAAGAGCUCUGGCAUUCACCUUUGGCCCUCCAUUUCUAUGAAUUCUUGUUACUUAUUGUCUGACACGUAACUUUGCCCGACACUGAUUUGUCUGCUUUAAUCUGAAAGUGGUUUGUAUCGUCACAUAACGUUGACACAGAGCGAAAAGUCAACAUUAGCAAAGGCAGAGCUGAGCUAACCUUUUCUGACAGGUUAACCAGCUACUCCUCUUUUUGCAGUCCAAUUGAUUCUGCCAUGUUUAUUUCAGUUGUGCUGCUAUGGCUUUGCAUUUUCUUUAUCAUCCUUCAACUGAAGUCCCGAAGACCCAAGAACUUUCCACCAGGACCCCCAAUUCUGCCCCUACUGGGGAACAUUCUGCAGCUGAGACUGGAGAACCCUUUAAAGGACUUUGAGAGACUGAGGAAAUCUUAUGGCGAUGUCUACAGUAUUUACAUUGGUCUCAAACCAGCUGUAAUCAUCAAUGGGAUGAAGGCAAUCAAAGAAGCUAUAGUGACAAAGGCUACUGAUUUUGCUGGACGACCCCAAGACUUGUUUGUCAGUGAUAUCACCAAGAGGAAAGGGGUCAUUAUGGCAGAUUAUGGCUCUAGUUGGAAGGAACAUCGUCGCUUUGCUUUGACCACUUUGAGGAACUUUGGUCUGGGGCAGAAUUCAAUGGAGGACAGGAUUCAUGAAGAGAUAAAACACAUCAUUAGUACCCUGGAAGAGAGCGUUGGUAAAACCAUGAGUCCUCGAGUUAUGUUCCACAAUGCGGCCUCCAAUAUCAUCUGUCAAGUUCUUUUUGCCACACGCUAUGAGUAUGAUCAUGCGUUAAUACAAUUUAUUGUUCGAUGCUUUACUGAGAAUACCAGGAUAACCAAUGGACCAUGGGCUAUGCUGUAUGACUCUCUUCCUUUAAUUCGUUACCUGCCGCUGCCUUUCAGGAAGGUCUUCAAGAAUGCUGAGUCUUUAGAAAAAAUUGUAGCUGAUUUUGUGAGGGAGCACAAGAAGACCAGAGUCCCGGGAGAGGCACGCGACUUUAUUGACUGCUAUUUGGAUGAACUGGAAAAGAGAGGCAACGAUGGGUCUUCAUUUUCAGAAACACAGCUCCUUAGGUACACCUUGGAUCUUUACUUUGCUGGGACUGACACUACAUCCAACACCCUACUUACUGGUUUUCUUUAUCUUGUGAACUACCCACAUGUACAAGAACAAUGCCAGGAGGAGAUAGACCGAGUGCUGGAAGGGAAAGAUCAGGCCAGUUUUGAGGACAGACACAAGAUGCCCUACACGCAGGCUGUGAUUCAUGAGAUACAGAGAGUUUCCAACACUGUUCCUCUCAGUGUCUUCCACUGCACGACUAAAGACACAGAGCUAAUGGGAUAUUCCAUUCCCAAGGGAACAAUGAUCAUCGAGAAUCUGACCUCAGUGCUCAACGAGGAGGGACAGUGGAAAUUCCCUCAUGAAUUCAACCCUGAAAACUUCCUCGAUGACAAAGGAGAGUUUGUUAAACCAGAGGCCUUCAUGCCUUUCUCUGCAGGUCCCCGGGUGUGUCUUGGAGAGGGUCUGGCUCGUAUGGAGCUCUUCCUCAUCAUGGUGACUCUGCUGAGGAAGUUCAAGUUCAUCUGGCCCGAGGACGCAGGAGAACCAGACUUCACUCCAGUCUAUGGGGUCACUCUGACUCCCAAACCUUACCGCAUGAAGGUCCAACUCAGGACACCACAGUGAGGCGGUGUGCAGAUGGACAUUAAUGAGCAGUUAGUCCUGGUUGGACGUUAUCUGGGAUACUUUUAUCCAUUUCUCAUUUCCUCUUCCACUGCAUUAGUGAAGUAUGAAAUAAACGUAUGAAACUCACA